AUGGUGAGUCACCGCCAAACCCCAGUGUAUUCAGACUUCACGGGGCUGACUCUCUCCAUGUACAGCAGUAAGUCGGACUUCUGCGCCAGACGCUUCGGAAAUGAUGGUUUUGGAACCCAGACCUGCCGGAGCCCACAUCACAACCCCAGUCACUGUCCGAGUCCGAAGCGGCUCACCACGCCAGAGGAGCGCUAUGGCUCUCAAGAGAAAGGCCAUCUGACAGCCAAAGCUACCCGCGCGUGUUUCUCUCUCUCCUCGGAACAAGUCAACGGUGGUUGCAGCGGUGCCUACUGCCCAGAGAAGGAGAGUGGGUCAGAUCUGCAGGGCAGUGAGGGCAGACUGAUGCGCUGUGGACAGAGUGGGAAGAGUGUGGCCGUGCCACCGGGGUGCCAGCCAGGUCCAGGGGGUCACUACGACAGUGUCCACUGUGACCGGCCCACACCCACACACGCCCUCCAUCUGCAGGACCGCCAGCAGCAGCAUGCCGAUGCCAGGUCCUCUGCUUUCCAGAGAUCCCUGGCCUCGCCCGGCCCAGGCUGCGGCACCUCCAACGCAGCCAGGGCAUUUCCUCUCCCCUACCCCAUCAAACAGGAGGCUUCCAUGGGCUACAAGAUCUCCCUGGGACUGGGGGUCCCCACCACCAGCCAGGGUGGCUUCCAGAGUGGCACGGGAGGCAUUGGGGUCCGGCGGGAGGAGAUGGAGGGUCCUCUCAGUGGUGGAAGCAGCGGCGGUAACUUAGGCAGUGCUCUGUCGGUGGAUGCGGCGUACUCUUUUAAUAAUGAAGAUGACUCCUCCCCACUGUCUUUGUCCCAGGGUGGCUCCCGUCAUUCAGCGCGGCUGCUCACCAAUAGCAGCCUGAAGAGACGCUGCCUGUCGCUGGCCUCCCAGUCCGCCGCUGCCAGCAGCAACGCUAAUGCCUUAGCGAACGCCGUCGUCACUGCCACUGAGGGGAUCGAUAUCACCGCCAUCAUCUGCUCCUCCCAGAUGUCCGUGGUGGCCUGCGUCAACGGGCUCCGGACGAACCCCUCACCCCAGCCCAGCGGCGGCUUCUCCUUCCGGGCUGCCCCCCGCAAGCCCCUGCCCCCCCAGCAGUGCAGCAGCCCCCAGCAGACCACCUUGCGAGAGAGCUGUCAGCUACCCUCACCUGCCGCCUGCCUGCUGUCCCUCUCCUCGUCGUCCUCCUCCUCCUCUGUGUCAUCUCUGGAGCCGGAGCAGCAGACCCAGGGCCUGUGUGAGGGGCCUGGCUCCAUGCAGCCGGGGCCUGGGGGUGGAGGUGGAGCAGGAGGAGGCUCUGAGGGGCUUGGGCUGCUGAUGAGCGGAACCCUGAUGACAGGAGGGCUGCUUGGGGACGUGUCUCUGCUGGAGGGGGGCUGUCAGAGAGCCGGCUGUGGAGCUCUGAAACAGGAGCCCCUGGACGACUUCUCCCCCAGCGAGGAGGAGCUCUUUCAGCACCACUACCACCAUCACCACCACCUGACUGGCCGUGCUGCGGCCAGCCACCUCCGCCCUCACCCCCACCCCCACCACCCAGCCCCCCCACUGCCCUCCAUGCCCCCGCCCUACCACCUGCACCAGUACGGGGGCCCCAGCCCGGGGGGCCUGCUGCACCUCCAGAACCAGAACCAGACUGUAUCUUCCUCCAUCCUUCCAGGACCCAAGACCUCGGGCUCUGCUGAGGGUGAGGACGGUGGGCCGCUCAGCGACAAGCAGGUGUGCCGCUGGAUUGACUGCAGCGCGACGUACGAGCAGCAGGAGGAGCUGGUGAGGCACAUCGAGAAGGUGCACAUUGACCAGCGCAAAGGGGAGGACUUCACCUGCUUCUGGGCCAGCUGCAUUCGCCGCUACAAGCCCUUCAACGCCCGCUACAAACUCCUCAUCCACAUGAGAGUCCACUCGGGAGAGAAGCCUAACAAGUGUAUGUUUGAGGGCUGCAACAAGGCCUUUUCCCGCCUGGAGAACCUGAAGAUACAUCUACGGAGCCACACGGGGGAGAAGCCCUACCUGUGCCAGCACCCCGGCUGCCAGAAAGCUUUCAGCAACUCCAGCGACCGGGCCAAGCACCAGCGCACUCACCUAGACACGAAACCGUACGCAUGUCAGAUCCCUGGCUGCACCAAACGCUACACAGACCCCAGCUCUCUACGCAAACACGUCAAGAUCCACUCCGCCAAAGAGCAACAUGUGCAUAGAAAGCUGAGGCCGUUCCCCCACCUGGAGCAGGACGUCCUGAGUGAGUGUCUGUCGGUGCAGCACUUGCAGGGCUCCGCCCCCUCCCAGCACCCCCCCGGACUGGGACAAGACAUCUUCACAGGCCUGUACACUGGCUCCAGCACCCCCCAUCACGGUGUCUCGGUGGAGCUCCUCUCCCCAGGACCAGCCCCCACCACUGGCUCAGCCUCUGCCCCUGAUCUGCCCCCCAGGCAGUCCCGCCUGGAACGGGACCUGAGCAGCCCGCAUUCUCUGUCCCCUAUGUCCACCAUGGAGAGCACACGCGAUGGCGUGUCAGGUCCUCUCCUCUCCCCAGGGAUGAAGGGUACAGGCACUUCCCCUCCUCCUCUGGAGAAGCAACAGCAGCACCUCCACCCCCACCACAAGCCCUACUCUCACUACCACCAGCAGGCUGCCAGCGACGAUUACCAGGGCAGCUUUCAGAGCUGCUUCCAUUUUGGAGACUCGUACAGAAUGGAACAGUCUGUGAGUGGUGUUCAUGUACCAGUGGACUCACAUGGUUACACUUCCCACCAGAACAACGGCUUCCACAUGUCCAGUACCAGCAGUGGCUCUGCUGCGGGCUUCAGCUUGGCACAGGACCUCCAGGGAUCAGGGGAGUGCCAGUUCUCCUCCAGCCCAGAGGAGAACAUCUUCUUCCAGGUGAACAGCUUCGACCGCAGCCUGAGCCAGAUGUCCUCCGUCUACACAGAGACAUAG